CUUCAUGUAUGCUUCUGGGCUGGAGUUUAUAGAAGGAGGAGAUCUAUUGAUUCUUCCCCCCCUCUUGCUGGGCUUUCUCAUCCUUCUUCAUCGGUCCUUUGCCCCGACCUUUCCCUUCCUUUUUAUUCCUCCUCGCCCAUCGUUUUUUAAUAUUAGCAACCCCACCCUCCCACUGCUGAUGACUUGACGAGACUGACGAAUUUCCUUCUGUAUUUCUACUCUUUUCAUCUCUCACAUCGUAUUCUUCCCCUGGGUGUUCCCCUUGGUUUCUGGGUGGAUCCAGCUUCUCCUUUUUGACGCAUUUAACGGCCGUUGUGGAUUUGAUAUUUUGGUAUAUGGUUUGAAUUGCAGAUUCAUCAUGGCUUCAGAUAUCCCCAAAGUUGUGCCUUUAACCUGCCACGGACAUUCUCGUCCUGUGCCGCAUAUCAGCUUCUCCUCCACAGUAGAGGAUGAUCAGUACUACCUUGUAUCUGCCUGCAAAGAUAACAACCCCAUGCUGCGGGAUGGUAUCACCGGCGAUUGGAUCGGAACAUUUCUGGGACAUAAGGGAGCUGUCUGGCAAGCUCGUCUUUCUACGGACGCCAACAUUGCCGCAACCGCUGCUGCAGAUUUCUCAGCCAAGGUCUGGGAUACCCAUACCGGCGAAUGCCUACACACCCUCCAGCACUCCCACAUCUGUCGAGCGGUUGCGUUCCCUCUUCAGCCCUCGCCGCAAGUCCUAGCCACCGGUGGCUUCGAGAAAAAGCUCCGCAUCUUCGACUUGACCCGCAGUGGCGGUGGCGGUAGCAGCAGUACCAGCUCAUCGCCUACAUUCCCGUCGUCCAAUGCGACCGAAAAUGGAUCUCCAGCGCCAGUGACUAGCUAUGAAAUUGGCCCCGGAGUCCAUGGCGGUACCAUCAAAUCCAUCGUCUGGAACCGGGACUACAACAUCCUCACCACCGCCGCCGAAGACCGCAAGAUCCGAUGGUGGGAUCUCCGCUCCCGCCAUCCCGUUGUCGAGUACGUCGUCGAAGGUAACAUCGGCAGCUGUGAGCUGAACACCCUCGCCGUCCGACCCAAUGACCCCGGUAUCCUCACGGUUGCCGCUGGAAAAAGCGUCUAUCUCUUUGACGGCCUCAGCCCCGGCCGACUGCUCAAGAAAAUCGAUUUCCGGUAUGAAGUGGCCAGUGCCGCCGUGAACAACGACACUGCCCGUUUGGUAACGGGCAGUGCUGAUGAUACCUGGGCGCGGGUGUAUGAUUUGCACACAGAUGAAGAACUCGAAGUCCAAAAGGGCCACCAUGGCCCCAUCUGGUCCGUGAGCUUUUCUCCAGACGGGAAACUGUACGGUACAGGAAGUGAAGACGGCACCAUCAAGUUAUGGAAAGCCUGUAGAGAGCCGUAUGGUCUAUGGCGCUAAAGCAAUUAAUAAAGACCCAUAAAGAAAAUUCAGGCCAGGUCAGGUCAGGUCAGGUCUGAUCUCAUCUGAUCAAGACCAAGCAGAUAAUUUUAACUACUCUCAUACCUACUACUGUCAUUCUUCUUCCUAUACGUAACAGGAUUCUUCUGAGUUAGACACACCCC